UGUGUUUAAAAGAUGGCGGUCAUAGUGCUCGACAACGGAGGCGGCUUUGCUAAAGUUGGAUAUUCUACGGACAAAGAACCAAGAAUUUUGCCAAAUUGUGUGACAAAGGCUAAGAAUGUACGAACAAGGAUUUUCAUUGGGGACCAGAUAGACGACUGUAAAGAUCUGUCUGGACUGUACUACCUUUUGGCCUUCCAGAAGGGCUAUCUUGUUAACUGGGAUAUUGAGAGACAAGUCUGGGACUACAUGUUUGGUAAAGAUUUUCUCAAGGCUGACUUCAAUGAGACCAGUAUUGUAGUCACAGAUCCUUACUUUAACUUUGCAUCCAUCCAAGAGGCUAUGAAUGAGAUUUUGUAUGAGGAAUACCAGUUUAAAUCAGUUCUACGUUGUAACCCAUCAUACUUGAGUCAGUAUAAGUACCGGAAGGAAUGUCCAGACAAACAGCUUUGUACCAUGGUGGUGGACACUGGCUAUUCCUUCACUCAUCUUGUACCCUACUUCAAAGGCAAGAAGAUAGAAAACUCAGUCAAAAGGAUAAACAUUGGUGGGAAAAUUCUAACAAAUCACUUGAAAGAAAUCAUUUCAUACAGACAACUGAUGGUGAUGGAUGAAACUUAUGUUAUCAACCAGCUGAAAGAGGAUGUGUGUUACGUCUCGCAACAGUUUACCAAGGACAUGGAGAUAGCCAGAAUGAAAGGUCCAAACAACACGAUAGUGAGGGACUAUGUACUACCAGACUAUACCCACAUAAAGAGGGGCCAUGUAAGACCUCAGGGUGAGACUACAGGCAAGGCUAAAGAUGGCGAACAGAUAAUUCGUAUGGGUAACGAGAGGUUUGCUGUACCGGAGCUGCUGUUCCAUCCCACAGACGUGGGUAUACAGGAGAUGGGCAUCGCCGAGGGACUUAUCCACACAAUCAGCUCCAUGCCAGAAGAUAUCCAGCCCCACAUGUACAACAAUAUCGUGCUAACAGGAGGAAACUGUCUCCUCCCAGGAUUCCAUCAACGUCUGGUGACAGAUGCAAGGAGUAUGGCUCCAGAUGAAUAUGACCUGUCUAUAACCAAUCCAUCAAUCAAUCCUGCCACAUAUGCCUGGUCGGGCGGUGCAAUGCUGGCUCAGGACCCAAACUUCAGUAAAAUUUGUGUUACACGCGAGGACUAUGAGGAAAAUGGACACGGUAUAUGUCAGGAAAAAUUUGAUGUGUGACAAAUAAUGAAGAGACAGCCGUCCGGAUAAAUUUGAGGAAGAAGCAAGCAGGAAAAGACGAACAAUAGACUGUUGACUGUCGUGAAUCACUUCAGUAUCAGAUUUUGUUUCAGUGUCUAAUCUUACUGAUUAUUUUAAACAGCAACAAUAUCCUCCCAUCAGGAAAACCAAUUCGACAAAAACAUUACCAUCUUCAAAAGUCAGUUUUGAAAUUCUGCAGCGAGUGAUUUUCGAGGCUACAUUUUUACACAAACACAAUACCGGUACCUUUGUCCAUUCACACUGGGAGAAGCAAAUCACCACCUACAUCAUGUGUUCAAAAGAUGUAAAAAUCACAUAUUGUUUAUUGCUUUAAAACAUGAAGCAAAAGUGCAGAUGAUCACUUCAUGUUAAGCAGUUGUGAGCUUAUUUUCUGUGAGAAUGUAUACACGCCAUUGUUUAAAUAUCUCAGUGAUAUGUACAUUGUGUAUGUACAGGUCAUAUAUAUUUGUUCUAGAAUAUUGAUUCUCAGGAUCAAUAUGAAAUUUUUCAUGAUUUGAAAGACAAUGUUUUAACUUGCUCACCAGACGUGUUCAUGGCAUUUUGAUGUAUUAUAUUGUAUUGUAAGUCAGCUCUCAUUAAUAUCAUAAGGUAUAUCUCAUUUACCUCUGGGGGUACACAGUUCAACCAGCAAGGAGAUAUCCUAAACUGAGUCAAACGUAUGUGAGAUUGAGGCACUGAAUGUUUGUAAGGAAUGGGUAUAUCUAUUGUAGUCACAAAGACAUUUACCAUGAUGUUUCAACCUCCUAAACUGUCUUGUAUCAUACUGUUGUCAUAAUAUUGAACAGUGGAUACCAGCUGGUUUAUUAAUACAUACAUUACUUAUAUAAGGAUCCAGUGUUUAAAACUCUGUCCAAUUUAGAUUUUUGUCUAAAUCGGCCAAAUAAUUUGGUUUGACAAUGACAGUGUAUAACAAGUAGACACUCUACAAUCUGGUACUCUCGCCAGUCAUCCAAAUACCUGGUCCCAGGGAUGUCUGGUUUAGAUAGAAUACAAAUAAGUAUUCUAUUCUAUUGAAAUAAACAUGGAAGACUUAGGUCAGAUUUGUUUGUGAUUGGAAAGUUUUGUCCAGACACAAUUAUUAAGGAACAUUGUACCUGUACAAAUGACAUGACUUGAUAUUGAUAAGUGUGAGAUCAUUAUAUCCAUCCUCAUUCCCAAACACAUUUUUAGUUUUUCUGGUGAUUUUUUGUGUUUGUUUUUACAAAUGUAGAUUUCGUUUCAGGAAUGAGACAUUCAGUGAAA